CUCCUUCCUACUCCGCGGCCGCCGCGCGCGGCCCCUUGGAGUCUCCCAAAGUCGCCUAACCAAAACCUCGGCAGCCUUAGCGCUCUGCUUUCCCAAUGGGUCCGGAGCAGUCCCGAAAGAGCGCCGGAUGGCAGCGCCGGAUGGAUGUUCCGCGCCCACCAGAGGAGGCGCGGCGCUCUUCCCCGCCCUUUCCAAACACAUAAACAACAAGGCUUGUUGGGAUGGGAACGAGCUCGAUAUGGAGAUUCGUUCCCAACCUCGAGCUCUGCCUAUCUAGGUCGCCUAGACAGCAAAGAGAAAACACAUUCCUGGAGGUGAAGCAGACGCUUUAGGGGUUCGAUGCCACCCAGGCUGUGGGCAGGGGGGUUGGACUGGAUGACCCUCGGGGUCCCUUCCAGGCCAGCUCUAAACUUCUGUGAUUAUAACACUGCAGGAGGAAGAGGAAGACUGGCUUUAACAUAUAUAUAUAUAUAUAAAGAGAACUGUGCUCAUCCUUGCGACACGUUUCCUUUAUUUCGACAUUUGCACAUUUCGAGUUGGACUGGAACAGCCCGCCGCCUCCGGGCCAGCCAGGGAAGGCCCAGAGGCCUCAUUACAGAAACAGGGGAGGGCAAAGGUUCGCGACAAAGUUCUCCAGCGCGCCCGUGUGCGCUCGCGGGACGCCGUAAGGGCUCCGUCCGAGCUCGGUAAGGAGCCUCCGGGUGGGGAGAGGAAACGGUGAGGAGCCCGUUGGGUGUUGUUGGCGGAGGAGUCUUCCCGACUCAAAAAAACGGGGUCCCGCUGCGGCUGUUUUGGUUUCUCUUGGGCUGAGCGGGCGGCAGCGUCGCUCUUCCUAGCUCAGGAGGAAGGAGGUCCCGGGCGCGGCGGCGGCGCCCCCUCCUCCUCCGACCACGUCAUGGGGUCCUCUCCUUCGCGGGAGCAACAGUUCCCGCGCCCUCCGUCUCCCACAGACACGCUCGCUCGCUCCCGGGUGGGUGGGGGAGGGCAGCGAGGAGAAGGAAAACUGCGCGGCGGCGGCGGCGGCGGCGGCUCUGAGCCACUAAGCCAGAGGCAAACAUCUGCCUGACUUCACAGCAGCCGCUGGCACCGCCGGGACAGACAGGGCCGGUGCGCUCUCGUAAGUGGCGCGUUCGCUGCUCAGGAGGGAAAGAAACUUUUAGAUGUCGUCGUUGUUUGCCCGCCUUUCUUGCCUUGCUCUGAGGCAGCGGGAGGCGAGUGCCCUGAGGAAGCCGCUCGGAGUGCGGGGCGGCGGCACUGAGGGAAGGGCAGAGGGAGGAACUGGAACUGUUUGCCUCAAGAAGGAAGCGGCAAAGGGCGGGCGAGGAAGCGCGCGCGAGGUCCUCGCGGUUGGCUUUGGGGCUCAGGAGAAGGCGCAGCCUCUCAGCCCCUUCAUUCCUCCCGCCCGGCGCCGCCAACUUGUGCAGGGACGACGCCCGGGAAGUCCCAUGUCCUCUGGACAAGCAGGCACGUACAGGAGGAGGUCGACUUCCGAGUAAUUUCUGCCAAGUGCCUGUGCAGUUGAUCGCUCGUGCCUGCCGUUCGCUUCCCCCGCUGGCUAACAACAUCCCCGCGUGGAGUUGAGGCGGAGCUCUGGCAAAGAAAGCAAGGGCUGGCCGGCUCGCCCCUCCCUGAGAUCUCGCUCGGAUGGUUGCUUACAUUCCUUCCCCUCUCAGUUGGGCAUGCGGUGCUCAGUUCUUGCAGAGGAGCGAGCAGACAGGUAAGGCUGGGGCGCUUCACGUGACCGCAGGAGAUGCUGCUUUCCCUUCCAGAAGCUUGCUCUCGCUGCACAAGUUUCGCGUCACUCCCAUCUUGCAUUGUGCAAGCAUCCGGCUAGCAUCAAACUGAAACUUUGGCGUCCUGGGAGGGCCAGACCCGAGAGGUUGCUUGGAGUAGAGUCGUCCUCUGUGGGAUGAAGGGAAGCUUGCUGCCUUUCAAUAGCCAAAGGUCCUUGCUUUUAUUGACCGAGUGAUGGGCAGACAAUCAACAGGUGCAGCUUCAGUUCUUGCUGAUUCUUUAUUGGUCUCUCCUGCGGUUGCUAAAGGUGCAAGUCCUCAAUCUUUAUAAAGAGUCAUUCUCUUAAAUUUUAAGGGGCCACCGAAGGGAGUUGCAUUUGGCACUUUGGGUGGGAGUGGGGGUGGGGGUGUACUGAACUCAAGUGUGCAAUGCUUCAAGCUGUCCAGCACCUGAGUGUGGUCACGCCAAUCCUCUGCCCACCUGUGUAAGGAUUGUGUUGACAAAUUGCAGACCAUGUGCUACUAAGAUGGCAACUUUGCAUUUAUUGUCAUGCAGUAACAGACAAUAAGAGGACAGGUCUCUGCCCCAAGGAGUUCCCCCCAAGGAGUCUAAAAUUUCACCUAGGGGAAAAACCUAGAGAAUUGGCUUACAGCUGCUUACAGCUAAAAUAUUGUUAAUGUGCGUCUUUGGAGACUGUGAGCAGUUUUCUCGAUGGAAAAGGUAAACCACUCAAAUCCUGCAAAAGGUGCUCCAUAAAGAGAACAAAACCCAAAGGGCUAAUACUGCAUAGCACAGUGGACAAGAGCACUCCAGUAACAAUGAAUUACCGACUUUUUAAGUUGAUGAAUUCAUCAGUUCAACUUCACAGUCUGAAAAAAUAGUGAGGAUUUUUGUUUAUAGCUCAUAGAAGAUGAUGGCCCAUUUCAUAUGUUAUGAUCCACAUGUUCAAUGAGCACAUGUGGAAGGGCAGGUUCUGGCCGCUGUCUACACCUGUUAACUGAAUGUGUGAACAGGACUUCCACACAUGCUGCUUUAUGUACAAUGAGCCUGUUCUGGAAUUCAGUGAAAACACAAAUGGGGAGCGAGUAGACCCUGCUGUCAUUUCCACCCCUUCCCAUCCAUUGGUGCAUUAAUUACAUAUCAAAAGACUAUUGUGUCUAAGUCUGUAAUCCCAUAAUCAUGUGCACACUGACCAGGAAGAAAAACCUAUUUUCACUGAGUGGGUCACGUUUCUAAGUACAUAUCUGCAUUUUCCAGUUUUAUAAAUUUCAUGAUUUUUGACCUCUUGAUCCAAGUAGCAGUUGCCUGCCCCACCGCAGUAGUUUGUUGUUGAUUUUAGUAGAGGAGUUCUGGAGUUCUGAAGGCAAAGUCCUCCUUGUUGUAAGAUAAUCAAAGGCACAGGGUAAUGACGUUUCUUGUUGAAAGAGCUUGACCCCUGGCUUUCUGUGUAGUGUAUUGUGAGUAAAGUAAUGUUCAGGGGAACUAAAUAAAGAAAAGAAAAAAGGUAUGCCUAGCUGUUGAGAAAAUGCAGCUGUUGUGUCAUCUUUUUAAAAGCUUUUUCUGAACGAGUGGAAGAUGUUGUAGACAAGUUGCACAAUGGAGUUGAAUUAGAAGCCUCCUAAUUGUGAGAAUGAAUUAGGAAAAAGCCAGAAAAAAACUGCUUAGAUAAAUGGUGAGAUUACGGUCUUGGAGGCUUUUAGCGUGAUAUUUAUAAGACAUGUUGGAAAGAACAAAAGUGUGCCUUGGUGUAUGAUAGGCAUAUGGACUAGUUACGUAGCUGCAGUCCUAUGAAUAUUUAAGUGGGAGAAACCCCCCACUGAGCACAGCAGGGCUUAAAGGUAAAGGUAAAGGGACCCCUGACCAUUAGGUCCAGUCGUGACCGACUCUGGGGUUGCGGCGCUCAUCUCGCUUUAUUGGCCGAGGGUGCCAGCGUACAGCUUCCGGGUCAUGUGGCCAGCAUGACUAAGCUACCUCUGGCGAACCAGAGCAGCGCACAGAAACACCGUUUACCUUCCCGCCGGAGCGGUACCUAUUUAUCUACUUGCACUUUUGGCGUGCUUUCGAACUGCUAGGUUGGCAGGAGCAGGGACUGAGCAACGGGAGCUCACCCCAUUGCAGGGAUUCGAACCACCGACCUUCUGAUCGGCAAGUCCUAGGCUCUGUGGUUUAACCCACAGCGCCACCCGUGUUACUUAGCUGCAAUCCUAUGGAUAUUUAAGUGGGAGAAACCCCCCACUGAGCACAGCAGGGCUUACUUCUGAGUAAACAGUUAGAGCAAUGCUAGAGAGGUCCUUCUGACAUCGAGGUUCUGUAAUUCUCAAAUACAACGGCAAAAGAAACGGCAGCAUGCCGUCAGGCAGGGUGCUACACAGAAUUGCAGUAAAUAUUGUCCCUUGCUUAAAAGCACUAACAUAGAAUAUUAUCAUUGCAAGAGUUAGAUUUAGGUAGGUAACUGUGUUGGUCUGACACAGUUGAAAUAUAUAAAAAAGAAAGAAAAAAUUGUCCAGUAGCAGCUUAGAGACCAACUAAGUUUGUUCUUGGUAUGCACACAAAAGCUUAUACCAAGAACAAACUUAGUUGGUCUCUACAUUGCAAGAGUUUGUUAUUUAGGUUUGUGCACAGUGAGACUUUGCUGUAAUGGACAGCACUCCCCCUCCCACACUACCCAGUGCAGUCCCCUCUUUUCUCCCAAAAGGUGCCCACAAGGGUUGGGGAACCCUUUGGAACAGUAUUUGUGGUAUUGUGGAGAGGGCAGCAGUAGGUAGGCGGAAUGGGUGGAUUGGCAACAAAAAAUGGAUGCCCUGCCCUGCUUCACACUUUCCACUACUGCACCACCAACAAUGGAUCACACAGACUAGGCUUUGCAAUUUCCUGUAAAAUGACACUGGUUUAUGUCCUCCAGUGCUUGCAAGUUAUUACCCAAGUGGCAUUUUUAACUUAACUUUUAACUUUUUAACUUUAAAUGGAAUGAAUUUUAGACUUAGGAACCAUGGACUCAUUAGGUAGUCGUUACCUUGACAGCUUCAGAUUCCCACCUACAAUUUUGCUAUGUUGAGAGCAUAGACAAGUCAACAACUGCAAUAUGCUUUUGGAUAUCAAGAGUACUUUGCAACAUAAAUGAUUUGGCAUUGAAACAUUUUUCCUAUCUGGAACUUAAAGUUAACUUUUCUGAUGAAUGGUCCCUAUAAUAAAAGGGCACGGGGUGGUGUUGUGUUUUUUAAAGCACCAUGAACUGAACAUCCAAGACUGUCACCUAAGUCUAAUUAAUUACUGCUGUUAACCAUAAUUGAUUCAAUUAAUCACUUCCUGGCUUUUGAAACUUCAGAAUUUUAAUUGUAACUUGUCACUUGGGAAGGAUGCAUGCAAUCUUUUUUAGAAUAAUUUUCACACAGAUACAAAUUCAUAUACACCACCAGCUUUACUUUGUCACUAGAAGAUGAACCAUGGAAUUAAAAAACAACAAUCCUGCACUGUAUAUCACUAGUAUUUCAGUGACUUCAGCUGAGUAACUGAAUUAUAAACCUUUGCUUUGCUCCCAUUCUUUCAUUUUCAAGUGACUCCACUGUCUACACGAAGCUGCUUCACUGGUCUGUCGCUAGUCCAGCAAUAUCUGUUUGUAACUGAAUCUCCAGGGUCUAUCUCAGCUCAGAAGCCUGACAUCUUUUUAACAGGAAUUGCCAGGGAUUUAACAUGGAUCCUUGUGCAUUCAAAGCAUGUCCUACCACUGAGCUGUGGAUUGCUUCUUAAUGCCCUUAUAGCUGUGCUUUUAAUAGCAGCUUAAUGUGCACACAUUAGCAGGUGAUAAAGUUUCUCCAUGUUGUUAAAAAGCUUUGCCUGAUGAUUUUGCACAUCAAACACAAGAGCAGAUUAGGUUGUUUUUCUUCUUCUGCUCAAUUCCUAGCUAUGAACAAAAGUAGAAAAAGAUUUCAGUUCAUUUGUGGUAAGUGGUAAGAUGUAGCUGGAUACUUCUUGUAUGAUAAUUUGAACUUUAAGUAAAUCUUAAUUACUGUAAACCUCAUCUUAAAAAAGAACUGCUAUUAUAGCCCAUAACUAGGUGCUAAUUACAUUUUUACUGUUGUCUGCUAACAUCCCUGUGUUCUGACCUGCAGCACUGACACACUCAGUUUCCAUUGCCAAAUCUUUUUUUUUUUUCAAAGUAAGAAUUGAGCUGAAUAAAGUUGCACACAGACUUUGUAAGAAAAGAACCUAAAUUUGCAGGAAAGUCAUAUUUGUCAUUUGCAGAUCUUAACUGUAUUCUUUGGCUUUGCACUAUUUGAAAUCUGUAUGCUUAACAAUCUAGGGUUGCAGUCCUGUACAGUGGUACCUCAGUUUACAAACUUAAUCCGUUCUGGAAGUCUGUUCUUAAACCGAAACUGUUCUUAAACCGAGGCACGCUUUCCCUAAUGAGGCCUCCUGCCGUCGGUGCCCUUCCACUGUUCAGAUUCUGUUCUUAGACCGAGGUAAAGUUCUCAAACGGGACACUAUUUCCGGUUUUGCAGGGUUUGUAAACUGAAUCGUUCUUAAACCGGACUGUUCUUAAACCGAGGUACCACUGUACAUACUUCCUUAGGAGUAAGUCACUGUGACCUCAGUGGAACAUACUUAUGGGUAGACAUGCAUAGAAUAGCACUGCCAGGAUGGCAUCAAUGUAGUUUUCACUUUCUGAGAACCAGAAGAUUUAGUGGUGUGUGAAAGGAGGAGGGGGAGUUACAUAGUAUUACGCAGAGCUGUAGCUACAGGGGUGGGAGGGCUAUCCGGGUUUUUUGCCCCGGGUGAAGCCUCCAAAGGGGUGCCAUUGAGGCUCCCAACUUGUGUGUGUGUGUACGCAAAUGUGUGUGGUGUGUGUGCCAAACUGGGUCUUCGACUCGGGUGGAAUAAAGCCUUGUUUCACCCCUGGUAUUAUGCCUCACAUUGAACAGAGUGAGGAUGGAACCACACAUUGCAAGGGAAACAGGAUUCCAAAAGUGGAGCAAGCAAGAGGUGGGUGCUUAAUCCUUUCCCCAUCUGCUGAUUGUACGUUGUGAAUGCUUGCCAAGCAAUUUUUAAUCUCCUGUUCUCAAGCUGGUAUUCCAAAACUAGAGACAAACCUGACCGAUGAGGGAGAAAUCACCCAGUGGUGGGGGUUGUGCAGGUACAAGAGAGUAUAGAUUCACAUCCACUCCAGACAUUUAGAGCACAGUGACUUCCCCCAAAGAAUCCUGCAGUUUGCUAAAGGUGUGUGGAACUGUAGCUCUGUGAGAAGUAAACUAUGGUUCCUAAGGUUCUUUGGGAAGCUAUGUGCUUUAAAUGUAUGGUAUUAAGGGCAGUUCGAAAGCACGUCAAAGUGCAAGUAGAUAAAUAGGUACCACUCCAGCGGGAAGGUAAACGGCUUUUCCGUGCGCUGCUCUGGUUUGCCAGAAGCAGCUUAGUCAUGCUGGCCACAUGACCUGGAAGAUGUACGCCGGCUCCCUCGGCCAAUAAAACGAGAUGAGUGCCGCAACCCCAGAGUCGGCCACAACUGGACCUUAUGGUCAGGGGUCCCUUUACCUUUAUUAAGGGCUGUAGAACAGGCAGAGGGCCUUCUUGGUACAGUGGUGCCUCGCAAGACGAAAUUAAUUUGUUCUGCGAGUUUUUUCGUCUUGCGAAUUUUUCGUCUUGCGAAGCACGGUUUCCCAAAGUCUUCAAAAUCACCAAAGUCUUCAAAAACCUCAAAAAAGGCUACCACACCGCGUGCUAUGAGUUGCUCCUCGAAGUCACCCUGGGUAUUAACGGUUUUAAGAAAAAGGAAACAAACUUGCAAGACGUUUUCGUUUUUUCGUCUUGCGAAGCAAGCCCAUAGGGAAAUUCGUCUUGCGAAGCAACUCAAAAAACGAAAAACUCUUCCAUCUUGCGAGUUUUUCGUCUUGCGAGGCAUUCGUCUUGCGAGGUACCACUGUACUGGCACCCGCCCUGUGGAACCCCAUCAGAUGUCAAAGAAAUAAACAACUAUCUGACCUGAAGGCAGCCUUGUUUAGGGAAGUUUUUAAUGUUUGAUGUUUUAUUGUGUUUUUAAUAUUCUGUUGGGAGCUGACCAGCUCUGUUGGGUGGGGUAUAAAAUAAUAAUAGUAAUAAUAAUUUUAUUUAUUAUGUAGCCAACUAAUUCCCACUCCUAGUAGACCUAUUGAGAUUAAUGGACUCUUAAAUUAGUCAUUUCCAUUAAUUUCAAUAGGUCUUCUCUGAGUAGGACUAACAUUGGCUACAACUGUGAGAACCUUUAGAUUGUAAAUAAACUGUCCUUCACUUGCUGAUACUCCCACAGAAACGACUCCCUCCUUUUUUGGCAAAUAUGAGUUAAAUUUGCAGGCGUGUCUGUCUCUCUUAAGGAGAGGGUUUUAUGGGCAAUUUGCUCUGUACAUGUGUGACUGUGUUAUACACACACACACACCCCACGUACACACACAGUGUGUUAUGGUAAUGCUGGCGCAAACCUUAUGGGCGCAGCUCCUGCAUGUGAAAGAGUAUCUAUAGGGUGGAACAGAACCUUCAGCGUGUUUGCCUGCUCGUUUCCAUUGACUGACCACACCAUGUAUUUAAAGCACUGUUAACACCACUUUCAAUAAUUCUUUGCUUCCCCCAAAGAAUUAUGGGAACUGCAGUUUCUUAAGGCUGCUGAGAGUUAUUAGGAGGCCUCUCACAGAGCUACAGUUCCUAGCAUCCUUAACUAACUGCAGUUGCCAGGAUUCUUUGGGGGGAAGCCUAUGAAGUGAUACAAGAGUGCUUUAAGCAUGGGUGGAGAGCCAGAUAAGGAUAUGAAUAUGCCCACAGGCUUCCUGUUCCUUUUAAACGCUCUGCCAAGAUUCAAGUGUGCAUUUGGGUGAGGGUGAGAGAAAAAUUCAGACUUCCGUAUGCCCUGUGAUCAGUCUCUGUGCCCAUUUGUCAGUUCCUUUGUCAGUCUGUUUAAUUUAUAAUUUGGGGGACAAUUCUAAAUAUUAAAAACCUUCUUUCCUUCUGUUUGUAAACCGAGUGAACACGUAGGACUUUCAAUAAAAUGUUGCAGGGUGGCAUCUUCAAAUAUCUGAAGGGCUGUCCCAUGGGAAGCAAGCAAGCUUGUUUUCUGAUGAUCUAGGGGGUAGGACCCAAACUCAUGUAUUCAAAUUAAAGGAGGUUCCAACUAAACAUUGGGAAGAACUUUAUGAUGGUAAGAACUGUUCGACAGUGGGAACGGACUGCCUCCUUCAUUAGAGAAGUUUUUAAACAGAUGUUGGGUGGCCAUUUGUCAGGAAUUCUUUAGCUGUGAUUCCCGCAUUGUUGGGGGAUGGACUAGAUCACCCUUGGGAUCCCUUCCAACUCUCCAGUUCUAUGAUUCAAUGAAUCCUCUUGCUUUGGGUUGCAGCCAGAGAGCCACACUGCCUUUCAGGAUACUUCAUUCCAUUACCACCCCCUCUGGUUUUCCAUAUCACAAAGAAUCUGCCAACAUUCUGUGGACAUUAAGUAUUCUUAGUCCUCAUCAGGCUGAUUUUGAGCUACUUCCCCAAUUUUUAAAAAUAUUUUUGCAAAUGUUAGGGUUUCUCAAUAACCUCCCUUAAGUGUGCGGAUGUUGCUAUUUUGGCAACAUAAAAAAAAAAGGCAUUUGGAGAAUAGAGUUCACUGUUCCUAUAUAUGAUUGGCUGUCUGAAGGAAUUAAGGGAUAUGUUGCAGAAGAAAAUUCUUAACUGUUAAUUAGUUGAUUAUCUGAAUGAAAUUGCCCAGUUGAUCAUUUGAAGGAAUCAAGGGACAACUUAAUCAUUAAUAAUGGAAAUGAACCAAGAGACUGUUGUAGCCAUGGCAGUAAUCUUUUCCUAUAGUUAAUUGAAUAUUGCAAAUUGAUUUAUGAUCAUGAAGGUUUAAUUAGAUUUGAGUAGUGGAAACAAGAAAAUAGAUUCAUAUUUUGUCUCAAGGAGGCGGAAAACUGGAAAGCAAAUUCAGGCAAUGAUGUAAAUUAUAGCUCUUAAUUUAAAGGAAAUAAAGAACUUUUGCAACCAGGAUGAUAUUUUUAAAAUGUUUUUAAAUAUUUUUUGCUGAUAUUUUUAAAUAUUUCUUGUAAACUGCUUUAUAUUACAAUCAAGUGGCAUAUAAAGUUUGUUGAAAUAAAAUAGGCACACAACAUGGUUUCUUCCUGCUUUUCUUAUACCCCCAUAACUUAUGAUUUCUGUUACUCUUCUAAUUUUUAUUUUUGUGUGUUUUAAGCACUAAACAAAUAAUAAACAUUUAAAAAAUAAUAAUAAUGCAAUGUUAAAUUUAAAAGUUAAGAUUUAAUGUUAGCAUGGUGUCAGCUUGUGCAAGUAACUGUGACAGAAGGAAACUUUAGUCUAAGACAAGCCAGAUACUUUUUUUUAUUUGUCUAGGGAAGGGUGAAGAAAAAAAUUCUAAAAGCUGUCUUAUGCAACAUAAUCCAUCAUGCUCCUUGAAACACCAAAACAAAGAUACUAAUGAUAGGCUGCCAGGUUGAAAUUCCAGUGCGAGUCGCAGAGAAGUUGAAGUAUCCAAAAAAAUGAAUACUUGUUUUUAAAAGGCAUAAAUGUUAUGUGGUAUUGACCAAAUGAUGAGGAAGCAGUAUUUUUCAAGGCUGCAGUGUGUACACACUUUCCUAAGAGUAAGCUCCAUUAUACUCAGUGAGACAUAUGAGUAGAUGUGUGCAAUUCAGAAAGUAGAAAACUGGAUUGAAUGAAAAGUUACAGUUGCUUGAAACUUUAGAAGUGUGUUCUAUACUGUUAUACAAAACUAAUGAAAACAGAAAACAGAUUGCCUAAAGCAUCGCAGCACCACCCCAAGCAUGUUUACUCAGAAGGAGUGACUCCCACUAAGUUCAGUUGGACUUAAUCCCUGUUAAGUGUGUUUAGGGUUGCAGCCUUCUUGGCUGAUAAUUAGUUGGAGAUUUUACAAUCCAUAGUGUUCCCACAGUGGCUGACCAUAUGCCCAUGGAAAGCCUGCAAGCUGGACACAUGCCGACUCUGCCCACAUGCAAUUCCCAGCAACUGGUAUUCAAAAAUAGCUUUGACUUCCAUGAAUUUUUCCAAUCCCUUUUUAAAUCAUCCAAGUUGCUGGUUAUCGCUGACCUACUGUUGGAGCGAGUUCCAUAGUUUAGCUGCAGUGCAUGAAGAGGUACUUUUUUAUAUAUAUCCUGGAUCUUCCAGCGUGGAUGUCCACGAUUUCUAGCGUUAUGAAAGGGAGAAAAACUUUACCCACUUUCUUCAUAAUUUUCUAAACUUCUGUUAUGUCACUUUUCCCUCACCUAUUCUCAAACUGAGAAGCCCCAACACUGCAGCCUUUCCUCAUAGGAGAGUUGCUCCAUCUUAUUAUUUCGUUUGCCCUUUUCCAAACUCUUUCCAAUUCCACAGUACUGCUUUUUAGGGAUGCCGGUGACGCUGUGGGUUAAACCACAGAGCCUAGGACUUGCCGAUCAGAAUCCCCGCGAUGGGGUGAGCUCCCGUUGCUCGGUCCCUGCUCCUGCCAACCUAGCAGUUCGAAAGCAUGUCAAAGUGCAAGUAGAUAAAUAGGUACCGCUCCGGCGGGAAGGUAAAUGGCAUUUCUGUGCGCUGCUCUGGUUCGCCAGAAGUGGCUUAGUCAUGCUGGCCACAUGACCCGGAAGCUGUACGCCGGCUCCCUCGGCCAAUAAAGAGAGAUGAGCGCCGCAACCCCAGAGUCGGCCACGACUGGACCUAAUGGUCCUUUAACCAGAACUGUACACAGAACUCCAAAUGUGGCCACACCAUAGAGUUGCAUAAUGCCAUUAUGAUAUUGGCAGUUUUAUUUUCAAUUCCUUUCCUAAUGAUCCCUAGCAUGGACUUCGCCUUUUUCACAGCUACCACACACUGGGUCAACAUCUUCAUCGGCUAUCCAGUCUGACCUCAAGGUCUCGUUCCUGGUCAGUCAUCACCAGUUCAGACCCCAUGAACAUGUGACCUUAAGGUUUUCCGCCCCAACAUGUAUCACUUUACACCUGUUUACAUUGAAUUCCAUUUGCCAUUGUACUGCCCAUUCACUCAAUUUGGACAGGUCCUUUUGAAGCUCUUUUUACCAUCUCCUUUUGUUUUAAUGACCCUGAACAAUUUAGUAUCGUCAGCAAAUCUGGUGACCUCGCUACUCACUCCUAACUCUAGAUCGUUUAUGAACAAGUUAAAGUUGCAAUGCCAAUCCUUGAAGGACUCCACUCUCUCUAUCUCUCCAUUUGGAGAACUGUCCAUUUGUUCCCAUUCUCUGCUUCCUGCUACUUAACCAAUAACUGAUUCACAAAAGGACUUCUAUUAUUCCAUGAUGGCUAAGCUUACUCAGGAGUCUUUGAUGAAGUUCCUUGUUGAAAUCUUUUUGAAAGUCGAAGCACACCUUGCCUCAUCACAAUCUGUGUGCUACUUCAUGUAAAAACACAGAAAUGUCUUUGUUGCACCAUACAGUAAAAUGUAGGCCAGAGCCAUUGUCCACAUUUAUGUAUUUAUGUAUUUGAAGUCUAAAAGCUAUUUCCCAAAGUAGAGUUCACAGUGGCAUUCAAAAUUCAGAUUGUUAUGUCAGUGCAGGAAACUAUUUUAAGACAUCUUAACCCCCUUUUUCUUUGACCUUGACAGAAAGAAGUGUUUUUCCUUCAUACUUGCAUAGAAUGGCUGCAUACUUGAAAAGAGAGAUUGGUCUAGAGCAGAGCUGAUACAAAUAUGGGAAAGAACUAUUUGGAUGUAACCCAUCAGUUUACAUGGUGACUGCAAAGUAUCCUACAACCCAGCACAAAGGGAACAGGAUACAGAGAGAUACAAAAGGUAGGUCUACAAAUGCGGUGGGUCUAAACUCUCUAGAAUCCUCUUUGAAAUUGAAGUUGGGGUAUUCAAACAUCAGACAGCUUUCCAGGUCAUGUGGCCAGAAUGACUAUACCACUUCUGGUGCAACGGGUCACUGUGACGAGUGCCCAGCACGCACGAAACACUGUUUACCUUCCUGCAACAGCGGUACCUAUUUAUCUACUUGAACUGGUAUGCUUUUGAACUGCUAGGUUGGAAGAAGCUGGGACAGAGCAACAGAAGCUCACCCCGUCACAUGGAUUUGAACAUAAAAUGCCCGGGUGCCAGGAUAGCACCUGAUGUUUCCACCAUCUGAAGGUGCAUGCCUGGAGAUCCUUGGAUCUUGACUGUUUUCCCACGAUAGCAACACAUCCUAUAGAAUUCUCUCUGUUAUAUUUUAUCAGCACAAUCAGAAUGAAUUUCAGGAACCGAAAAGCUGUAUUGAAAAAUAUGACUUUCAAGUCGUCUGGCCCAAAAAUGGCAACUAAGCAUUAUGUUUUGGUGAGGUUAACCCUGGUUUAAGGAGCCAUUUGGCACCUAGCUGAGUUUCUAACACUGCUUCUGUCUGCUGCAUGUUGCUUUUCUUGAAAUGAAACCAGCAUGUCCAGACUCAUGACAGCAGGAAUAAACCUGUUUGGGGGUGACUCAGAGAUGUUUGGAAACAACAGGAAGGCGAGCUAACAGGUUUGAAUUUUGUUGGCCCAUUGUGAGUAAACACGCAAUUAGGAGAGGAAAGUAGCUAUGUGGAGGCUUCUUGUUAACUGAAAGUUAGCUCUAUAAGCAGAACCCCUUAUAGUUCUGGUAUAUUGCCUUUACAUGGAAGUUUCCUGUGUCCAGUGCUGCAUUGGGAACUCCAGAAUGCUUACAGCCUGUGCAGUGAGCCAUUCGUGCAGGGAGGAAAGAGUGUAUGACUCAGUUUCCUUUGUUUUGUAUAAAUCCCAACAGGGAAAGGCCAAACUAUAGGCUUCCUCAGCCCUCAGUCCUUGGUAAACUUGCAUGACUACAGCACAAGCAUAUUAGUCAUGCCCUUGAAAUGAAUAAAAUUGGGUAGGCCAAGGAAGCAAAAGAACCAUAAUGGUAAUAAUGAAAUUGGAAGAUGACAUGCUUAGCUCUAGAGUUGCGAGGCUUUCCUGUUAGUAUUGUCAACCCCUGAGUGUCAGUGUUGAGACCUUGUAAGGGCUAAAAGUGAUUUGUAGGCAACAGAAUGUAAAAAGUGAGAUAAGCCCAGUCCUAGCUUGAAACAAGGCCUUGUGUGUGUACUGUAUAUAUGCAGAAGCAUCUCCAGGUAAUUAGGUAUCUCUGUAGACCUGGAAUAAACAAGACAAAUUUAUAAUUUUUAGCAAGGAUUUGAUAAUCCUUUAGCACUUCUUCUCCUCUCCCGUAUAAAUUGCAUUCUAAAUGUGGCAGGGAGAAAAGACAUGAAACUUUUUUUUUUGGCAGCAUGACUGAAAUCUAUAAAACUGCUAUAGACACAAGCAACAUGAAAUUUGCAGUAAGGUAAAGGUAAAGGUAAAGGUAAAGGUACCCCUGCCCGUACGGGCCAGUCUUGACAGACUCUAGGGUUGUGCGCUCAUCUCACUCUAGAGGCCAGGAGCCAGCGCUGUCCGAAGACACUUCUGGGUCACGUGGCCAGCGUGACGACGCUGCUCCGGCAAACCGGCACCAGAGCAGCACACGGAAACGCCGUUUACCUUCCCGCUAUAAAGCGGUACCUAUUUAUCUACUUGCACUUUGAGGUGCUUUCGAACUGCUAGGUGGGCAGGAGCUGGGACCGAACGAUGGGCGCUCACCCCGCCGCGGGGAUUCGAACCGCCGACCUUGCGAUCGGCAAGUCCUAGGCGCUGAGGUUUUACCCACAGCGCCACCCGCGUCCCUUUUUGCAGUAGAUUUGCUUUAAUCAUUGUAGUUAUUUCAUGAUCUCCUUUUCCUUAAAUAAGGACAAGUUAAUUCUUGCUCGUUUAUAUAAACAAGAGAUGCAUGAAGCCUUGUCUCUCUCUCUCUCUCUCUCUCUCACACACACACAUGGAUAACCUGUACAUUUGCACAAAAUGUUUUGUGCUUCAUUUGUGGGGGUGUGCAACUACAAGAAAUCUUGCCUGGUACCAGUUGGGCUAUUUAAAGAUUUGUGACUCAGCUGAGGUGAUAAUUUGAUUAAAAAACUUUAAUGUCACUUAGCACCUCUUGCCCAGAAAAGUAUCUAAGGUGUAAAUGCCUGUUUACAUCAUGCAGUGUGUUUCAAACUUACGUGAGAAACCAGAUGGAAUCCUUCAAAGAAUGAGAGCCAUCUUAUAGCCCAACCCUACGUAGGUCUACUCAAAGUAAGCCCUAUUUUGUUCAGUGAGGAUUACUUACAAGUAAAUGUGCUUUCAGCCCAACCCUACAAAUGUCUGCUUAGAAUAUGGUCUACUGUGCAUGGUGGAGUUUACUCACAGGUAAAUGAGAAUACAGUGGUACCUCUGGUUACAAACGGGAUCCGUUCCGGAGGCCCAUUCGCAACAUGAAAAGAACACAACCCACAGUGGCACGUCUCACUGCUUCUGCGCAUGUGCGCGACGUCAUUUUGCGCUUCUGCGCAUGCGCGAGCAGUGAAACCCAGAAGCAACCCUUUCCAGUACUUCUGGGUCACUGCGGGACGUAACCUGAAAGAACGUAACAUGAAGCGGACGUAACAUGAGGUAUGACUGUAGGAUUGCAUUCUUAGGCUUCAAUCCUAUCCUUCCUUACCUGGGAAUAAGUUCUAUUGAACACAUUCAUCUUCUGAGUUUAUUCAACAUGUAAGGUGGGCUAGUCCACCUCCCAAAUCUCUUUCCUAUUGACCUCCACAAGUUGGGGGCAACUUUGCAAAUGAGGAAAAGAUAAGAAGAGUCUUGCUCAAUUAGGCCAAGGGUCCAUCUGGUCCAGCAUCCCAUUCUCACAAUGGCUGACUUGAUGCCUAUGGGGAACCCACAAGCAGGACCCGGGUGCAACAGCCCCUUCCCUUCCUCUAAUUCCCAGCACAUGGCAUUCAGAGGCAGACUGCCUCUUGACAGUCAAGGUAGAACAUAGUCAUUGUGGCUAGUAGUCUUAUUUUCCAUGAAUUUGCUUUAUCCUUCUAUGGAUCCAUCCAAGUUGGUGGCCAUCAGUACAUCUUGUGGUAGCAAAUUCCAUAGUUUAACUAUGUGAUUUAUGAAGAAGUGCUUCCUUUUGUCUGCCCUGAAUCGUAUCAACGUCCAUCUCUAUCCACAUGCAUAAUCACACUAAAGGAGAGGCAAGUGAUACAUUCUAUUCAGGCAAAAACACUUGGGGUCAAGUGAGGGGGAGAGUCCAAAAGGCCAGACAGAGAGGUCUAGAGGGCCAUAUUUGCCUCCACCCUGCACACCUGAGGUUCCUCAUUCCUGUACUAAACACAGAAGGUUCUGAUGCAAACCAGAAAACUAGUGCCUCUCAUUUUGAAAGGCCAAGUGCUAAGUAGCCCUAGGAUCAAGAACAGUGUAGACCCUCAUUCUGUGGCUGAUUAGAGAUUGUGAGUUUGGAGUUAGCAUGAUCUCAUGCAUCACAUAAAACCUUUUGGGAAAUUGCAGCUAAAUCAUUAUGGUUUUUCAGUACACCAGGGUUUCUGAAGAUGGUGCUGUGUUUAGAAUAUUUUGCCUUGUAGUUAAAACUCAGCCUUCUGGGGUUUAGAAAACGAGGUGGCCUGCUAGUCCACAUGAUGUUAGCUACAAGCAAAUAUAUGGCUAUAUCCAACACUUAUUCUGGAGCUAUUCAGAAAUUAUGUUGGUUCACCGUUUAUGUAUUCAUCAGUCUGUUUGAGGGCAAAGCUCUCAAUUUGUAAUGGGUUUUGCAUAAUAAAGACUGUACAAUGCACCCACUGUACAGUAUUUGCUGAACAAGGCAUCGUGUUGCCAAUCUCUGUGCAUGUGUAUCCUCUGCUGACGGUGUGUUUCUGAACUGUCUCUUUCAACAAAUCUGUGAGGAGCUAACCCAGCUGCCUGGUGUUUCCCUUGCUGCUGACUGCAUGCCCAGGCACUUCAUGUGAGAGGACUCCUUUUUACAAGAAAAAGAAUACUUGAGGCUUCAGCCUUUAUGCAUAGUUCCAUUUAAAAGCAGAGGGUUUGGCAUCCUCAGUAUGUUUCAUCUAACAAUAAAUGUUUCCCGGCAAUGUUGCUGCUAAAAGCAAUAUAUUUGGGUGUGGAUCACUUCAUGCCUUUGUUUUCUUGUUUACAGUAACAAAAUUACUGAGUUUUAGGAACACCCAGUGUUGUGUUGUCCCCCACCCCAUAAAUACUUCAUGAAGUUGAAAUAUUGGCACAAUUUUGUUUUAUUUAUUUAUUGAAUUUAUAUACCGCACUAUACCUGCAAGUAUAGCAUUCAUCUGUUGCCCCACGUGGCUGUUUUUACAAAACAUUUAUCUGUUAAUGCUGUGGUGUCCUUCAGCAACAAAUACCCCUGAACUUAUAGAAAAAUAAUAUAUGGGAUACAGCAAUUUCUGAGCGUCUCACCUGACACAGGAGGGCAAUUAAAGGCAUAAUGAAUAGAGACAGCUUCCAAGAAACAUGGACCCCUUUCUUUAACUAUGAUAAUGUCCAAAAUCAAAACCUUUUAAUACCAACUGCUCAGUUUUCUCAGUUGACAGGUUACAUUAAGUAAUAUGUUUGAUGUUGAAUGUGUACGUGUAUGUCUAGAGACAAUGGAUAAAAUAAAAACCAGCAGAUGUGCUGCUGGAUAAGUGUUUAAUGGUUCUUGUAUUUGUUUAAAAAAAACCAACCAAAAAUUGUUUUUAAAAUAUGCACGAUGGCACAUAAAAAGGAAAAGUCUUAUUAUUAAGGAAAUGGAGAAGAAAAGUAAACCCAGAUCAAAACUGUACAAAAGCACAGUAUGUUAAAAAUAGCAGGGUUUUUAAAUGCUGCAGUGGAGGGAAAACACAACAAAUAACAACUGUAAUCUUCACUAAUCAAUUUAUAUAGCAGGGGUAGCCAAUGUGGUGCCCCCCAGAUGUUUUAGACUACCACCAGCCCUGGUCAGCAUGGCCAAUGUUCAAUGAUGAGUUGUAGCAGGAGAAAGGUACUGGCUUUUCUACCAGGGAUGGAGAACCUGUAGUCUUCCAGGAACUGUUGGAUUCCAACUCCCAUCAGCCCCAGCCAUCAUGGUCAGCAGUGAUGGGAUUGUGGGGGCCAUCCCUGAUAUAUCCACAAAAAGUAAUGGUAGACGUGUUGGCCAUUAAAAGCAUCUUCAGAUGCAGUGUGGGAGGUGGCAGAUGUUCCUGUGAGGUGCUGUGCAGAUUUCAGGUUGCCUCUUGUGAAAGAGAAAUGCAUUGUGGCCAUUUUAGUUGGCCUACUAAGGGUAUUGCGCUAAUACAGAUUUUGAUUAUUCACCAUUCUUCUUUGUGAAGAGCUGGCCUAUUUUACCCAUUUCUUUUGAAGUUUUAGUCAAUGCAUCAGCAAAAUCCUUUGUGCUACCUAUAUAGAUGUUCCCCCAAACUGGUAAAAUUUUAACUGUGACAUUCAGCCUCCAGAGUACCAAAUCUCAUUCUCUUUCUUGCUUCUCCAGCAAUAGCACCAGCAACACUGUUGAGAGGGGUCUGAGGAGGCUCCCUGUCAAGUGUAACUUUGCUCUUUCAUCACUGAGAAGGACAGGGCAGGGAGGAGCCACAGUGGAGCCUGGUUUCUGCUUCAGUCUGUCAAAUCAGUGAGCACUUCACUAGUUCAGCAUAGUACCCCCAGCAGAUGUGGGUGGCGCUGUGGUCUAAACCACUGAGCCUCUUGGGCUUGCUGAUCGGAAGGUUGGCAGUUCGAAUUCCUGCAGUGGAGUGAGCUCCCAUUGCUCUGUUCCAACUCCUGCCAACCUAGCAGUUCGAAAGCAUGCCAGUGCAAGUAGAUAAAUAGGUACCACUGUGGUGGGAAGGUAAAUGGUGUUUCCGUGCACUCUGGCUUUCAUCACGGUGUUCCGUUGUGCCAGAAGUGGUUUAGCCAUGCUGGCCACAUGAACGGAAAGCUGUCUGUGGACAAACGCCGGCUCCUUUGGCCUGAAAGCGAGAUGAGCGCCGCAAGCCCAUAGUUGCCUUUGACUGGACUUAACUGUCCAGGGGUCCUUUACCUUUUAACCUUUUAUUAACCCCAGCAGUAAUUAUGACAGCUGAUACUUCAUUUCAUUUACUGGUCGGACUUGGGAUUCAGGAAACAAAGUUUUGUGUAAAGUUAAUGAAUCAUAUUGAGUUGGUGAUGGUUUGAGAUGAUCGUAAGGAACUGUAGAAGCAUCCCAUUAGAGCUGCAGUCUUGUCAGUGUUUGUCUCAUAUGUGAAAAGUAUAGAAUUGUGUUUAAUUCCCUGCCUGUAUCUUCUUUCUUUUCACAGGAUGAAGAGACAUAAAUGCUCCUCUAAUUAUCCAACAAGACGGCAUCUCUUGAUCUUGUUUUUAACAGCGUGGCUGCUCUUGCUGCUGAAACUUCUCAGAGUGGAGCUGCUCCCUCACAAAAAUAUUUAUUUUGUAGAACCUUUUUUAAGCACCUCAUCAUUUGUGAAAAACAAAUACACAUUUUCCCAAAAAGACACCCAGUAUGAGAUUAACUGUUCCUCCAUAUACAAUCAGGAUCCUGUGGAGAUUGGGAAAUCUUUAGAGAUAAGGAGACAAUCCAUUAUCGAUUUAGAUGAUGAAGAUGUUCUAACAAUGACUAGUAACUGUCAGUUGUACCGUGCAAUUAGAGGAUAUCACCUAAAGCCCGUCUCUCUGGAAGAGGAAAAAUUCCCAUUAGCUUAUUCUCUGGUUGUUCAUAAAGAUGCAAUAAUGGUUGAGAGGCUCAUCCAUACAAUAUACAGCAGUCAAAAUGUUUACUGUAUCCAUUAUGACAAAAAGUCCUCUAGCAUUUUUAAGAAUGCUUUGGAUAAUCUGGCCAAAUGUUUCCCCAAUAUUUUCAUUGCGUCCAAAUUGGAGGUGGUGGAAUAUGCCCAUAUUUCAAGGCUCCAGGCAGAUUUGAAUUGCUUAUCUGAUUUGCUUAAGUCCUCCAUCCCAUGGAAGUAUGUAAUCAAUUUAUGUGGCCAAGAUUUUCCUCUGAGAUCAAACUUCGAGCUGGUGUCUGAAUUUAAGAAGUUAAAUGAAGGAAACAUGCUGGAGACAACCAAACCGAGUAGCAGUAAAAAGGAACGAUUUACCUAUCACUACGAACUUCAGAAAAUGCCUUAUGACAUGAAGAUGCCUGUGAAAACCAAUAUCUCUAAGGACCUGCCACCCCACAAUAUUGAAGUUUUUGUAGGCAGUGCCUAUUUUGUGCUAUGUCGAGCUUUUGUACAGCAUGUCCUAGAAAGUUCUAUUGCUCAAGAUUUUUUUGAAUGGUCAAAGGACACUUAUUCGCCCGAUGAACAUUUCUGGGCAACCCUUGUUCGUGUUCCUGGAGCACCUGGAGGGAUUUCAAGGACAGCUCAGGAUAUCUCAGAUCUUCAGAGCAAAACUCGUUUAGUAAAAUGGAAUUACCUUGAAGACCAUCUCUAUCCUCCCUGUACUGGUACACAUCUCCGUAGUGUGUGCAUCUACGCAGCUGCAGAAUUGAGGUGGCUUAUAAACUAUGGGCACUGGUUUGCUAACAAAUUUGACUCAAAAGUGGACCCGGUUUUAAUAAAAUGUUUGGCAGAAAUGCUUGCAGACCAGCAGAAAGAAUGGGUUGAGUUGUCUUCUGAAAAACUUUUUAUGCACAGGACAUUUACAGAUGUCUCAUAACAAUAUAGCAUACCUAUGGUUGGACUUCUGCCAUUUUUUAAAAUGUGGAAUUGCUGGAUCGAGCCAUAUCACUCCUUGGAAUACCUCCUGAAAGCACCUCACUGAUCUGUCUCAGUGGAAUUUUAGUACACUGCUAAUACGUGCAAUUAAAUGCAAGGCUUGUUUAGAUCCUUGGAGUAGAGGUAAGAUUGUGGGAAGUGAGAGGCACUCUAUAGCAAUUCAAAAGACCAAGAAGGGCCCUGGCUUAAUCCGGUGGUUCUCAAUACUUUUGAACUCGGCACCCCUUUACAAAUUUACUCUGCUUUCUGCCACAGGGAAACCCAAACCGUUGACCAACACGAGAUGGUUCUUGCAUGUUGUCAUGUGUGUGCAUGUUGCAUACAAGGAUCUAUAGACAAGGAGUACCAAUCCAAAUCCAGCAUUAGAAGAAAAAAGAGGACAACUCUGACCACGCCUACUCCAAACUAUGCGCAGGGACGCAUAGGUGAAACAAAGCAACCGCUAUUUCCAAAUCAGGUUAGGAUGGUGAUGUACUGUAGAACAGUCACAUCCACAAAUUGAAUGAAGCUCAGUCCCCUGCUAGGGCCAUUCAACCCACCCAGGUCUUUGCUAUUGACUGUAGGAACAAGCGCCACAUCUUUCUCUUAAGUUCACCCCCUCCAGGAGGAGCCCACCUCAUAGGUUGAUAAAUGCUGGCUCAACCCAUAUAAGGCACUGUGUCAGAUUCUACUCAUGAUUCUGCCUAUACUGAGCCUUCAUUAUCUUUUAUUUCAUGUGGUCAUUUGACUAUUCCUAUGCAAAGCCAUUGUAAAAUGUUACCAAAUCAAUUGCCUCUUUGUUAAACUUCUGUGCCAUGCCUUUGAUUGAUAAUGUUAUUAUUUAAGCUGUUAUGUCCUUCGAAGCUGGCUGAGUAGCUUUGGAAUAGUGUUUCCUGGUGCUCGUGCUCCUUCUGAGCAUGCUAUCUACAAGAUGGUCAAAAAAGAUGCACACCACAGUACAGUGGUACCUCUGGUUAUGAACUUAAUUCUUAGUUCUGGAGGUCCGUUCUUAACCUGAGGUACCACUUUAGCUAAUGGAGCCUCCCGCUGCCACCACAUGAUUUCUGUUCUCAUCCUGGGGCAAAGUUCUUAACCCGAGGUACUACUUCUGGGUUAGCGGAGUCUGCAACCCGAAAUGUUUGUAACCCGAGGUGUUUGUAACCCGCGGUACCACUGUAUAGUACAGUAAAAUGUUUAAAUUGUAGUCUAACAGUGAGGUUCUUGUGGUGAGCAUCUCUUUGAGCCAACUUGUAUAUAUAUAAUUCAGCAUGCAUCUUCCCUGUGCAAUAAUAAUCCUUGCCCAGAACUUGUACAAGUGUUUUUAUUUCACGACAUGAUAUACUUCUAACUGUUCAGGUAUGGGGAUACAGGUAUCUCCCUUCUAGCUUCUGCCACCAUUGUUGGAAAUCCAGCAUGCAAGCUGCAGUUUUAAAUGUAAUUCCCUUACUAGCACUGUUACUGUUACUGAGAUUCUAUGUGUGAGAUAGCGUACCACUGUCAUGUGCAUCUGUUAAGACGGUGCAUGGAAACAUCGCUGAUGACAAGAUUCACUUCUUAGCCAAGCCUGUGAAAAUCUUGUUAGGAGUUCUUAGGGUUUAGUUUAUUUUUGCGUACUGUUUUUAUACAGAGUGCUUAUAUAGUCAAAAGUUGCAAACAUGAGCAAGGAUUCCUUCUCCCCUGCUUUAUCUUUGUUUCUUUGAAAGAUAUACGCUCCCCUCUCAAUUUUACCUGUCUCAUCAAAGGAUCCUCCCUCCAUCAAAGUUACUUCUUUCUCCAUUGUGUGUUCAUUUAGGUUUCUUGGAUAAACUUAAUAGCCUUGUACUAUGUUUCCUGUAAUGUAGGUGCAGGAUCUGGUCUAGAAAAAACAUAGCAAUAAGGAUGAAGUUACUCCCAUUUUUAACAGCAAUAAUAAUUAUCUAUAACAGGCAUAGGCAAACUCGGCCCUCCAGAUGUUUUGAGACUACAAUUCCCAUCGUCCAUGAUCACUGGUCCUGUUAGCUAGGGAUGAUGGGAGUUGUAGUCCCAAAACAUCUGGAGGGCUGAGUUUGCCUAUCUAGAUUCUCCUACAAAAAACCCUCUUGUUUUUCUUUAAAACUUACUUGUAAAGAACAUAUAAAUGAAUGUUCACAUAAAUGUUUUGAAACCCCCACCCUAUGAUAUAAUAUAGCACCAAUAUGGAUAGUGACAAAAAUAAAAAAAUAGAGUAUAUGCAUAAGACAAUCAGGAAAUGAAAUCUAUAGCACAGGGAAUAAAAUAAGUUGUCAUACAAGUAAAUUAUUCCAUUUAUGGACCAAUGGUAAAUAAGGCGUGGUCUGGUGGAUGCUUUGAAAAUAAGGUCUCCAAGAACCAGUGUAUGUUACAGAACAAUGUCAACAAUCUGAGUUCCCUCAACAUUUUAAAAAGUGUGUUUGAGAGAUAGAUAGCUUGCCUAAGAGCAAUAACAAAUCAAUUGGACCCCUAGCUGGAAGUGGGGUUUUCCCUUUAAGGUGAAACCUUUCUUUGUAUUUUCUUUAUCAUAAUUUUAUUUUGGGGUGAUUAUUAGGUUUUAAAAGCCAAAUUAAUACAGUUUUCAUCUGCUUGUGCCAUAAUUUUGUGUAGCAGUUACUCAAUGAGUAAUGGUUCAUUCUGUCCACUCUUCUUCCAACCCCCCAGGUAGAAUAUGGUAGCUAUUAAAGUACAGUCAAUGAUGAUAUUGUUACUGAGAUUGAGACAGAUCCAGAGCAACAGACUGGGGUGUUUGUAAACCUUGGAAGGUAUGGAAACCAAACCACCAGGAGCUGGAACAUAUUCCUUAUGAAGAAGAAAAGCGACUAUAGAGGUACAUGAAAAAGAUUUGCAAAAUUAUGUGUGGUGUGGAGAAACUCUGAGGGUUUUCUCCUAUACUAGAUUUUGAACCCGGUUGAAACCAAUUGGCAGGAGAAUCAGGAUAGACAAAGGAAAUUAGGUUUUUGACACGGCACCUAAUUAAUUUAUGGAACUUGCUGCCACAAUAUGAUGUCAUGGUCAGUAGUUUAGUUGCCUUUGAAAGGGGAUUAGACAAAUAAAUGAAGCAUAAGUCUAUCAGUUUCUAUAAAGAUCCAUGAUGGCUAUGUGCACUUUUUAAGAGGAAAUAAAGUAUGCCAAUGAAUACCAGGUGCUUCAAGGACAGUUGCUUGUUUGUCACCUCAGCCUAGCCAUUGUAGAAAAUGAGAUGCUGGAAUAGAUGACUAUUGGACUAAUUCAGCAGGGAUCUUGCAGAGUACAACUAUGUAUAGUGUUACUUACUAGAUCACACAAGAGAGAGAGCGUCCCUUUACAGGGACUUCUGCUACAGUGUCUUAGGUCUGCUUCAUAUGGAUACUAAGCCGGGUGGAGAAAUACAUGCCACGCCAGCAAUUUAUUCAAACGGUUUGCCACUGCACACAAUGAGCUCACUGUAUGAAGCUUUUCAAGAAGCCUCAUGCUACAUACUGCUCUUUGCAGGGCCACUCUUGCCCUCAUUCUGUGGCACAGAUAGGUUGAAUCUGAGAAACAUUUCUGUGUGUGCGUUUUUCAUGAUAAAUUGAAGAGGAGGAGGUUAGGUGUACCUUCUCCAUGCACCAAAUCUCAGCCAUUCACAUGGCAUGAGUUGAACCCAGGUGCCAAGUGACUGGCUGGGGUUGUAUUUGGGGGAAAGGGGCACGUUUAAUCCUCCCCCCUUUUAAUUUCUCUUGAAGAUGAAUAACCUUUUGCAUUCAGAGCAGUUGCCUGCGUCUGAGGCACAUCCCUUGCACUAUUAAGCCUACCUGGAGGGAAAAGGCAGCAAGCAGCCUCCAAGUAAUGGUGCCUACCCUUUGCACAAACAGAGCAAAAGGAAAUGGAGAGCAGGAGAAAAGGUCAUUUUCUCUCUUUCAGAGAGGAUAAGGGUGGUUUUAGUCGUGCACUCUACAAAACUGGUAAAGUACCAUGUUUAUUGAAUUAUUUAAAUAAAACAAAUCAUUGACCUCAUAAAAAAAGUAUUCCUUUGUCUCCUCUGUGUCGCUUCCUGAACUCCAGAACUAACAAAAUAAACACAGAGGGUUGGUCACAAAGAGGAUCUUAUUUUGUACACAUGGAGCUAGAUGUCUGCUGCAUGGCUCACUGCAGGUGUAUUUGCACCUAUAAGCCAUUGCCUCUAUAGAGUGGUCCGUCUUACGUUUGAGAAGCCUUGUGCUCAAAUAAUCCUACUAGGCUAAGUGGAAAUUGUAUGCACCCCUCAAAACUUAUUCCAUAGCCCCUCUUCUACUUCCAUGCUUUGUUUCCUGAGAGUCCCCUAAAGAAUUUAGUGCAGCAGGUGCAUAGACAUAACACAACUUUUACUUUAACUCAAACAUUGGAUAAAUCAACCAGUAUAGUUUUCAGGAAUUGCUCAGGAGAUGGUGAAAACUAUUCAUUGAGCAGAUGACGACAAUCAGGGCUAUUCUGCAGGAAUUGUGACAAACGGUGGCAGCUUUGAAAAUAACACACCUAGUUCUCUCUAAUGAGUGUGUUUUUGUAUGUGAGGUGAAGAUAAAAUGUCAAGCUUGUGAGAAUUUUUAUGCUGGGAACAUCUUGCUGUUGUGCAGCAUUUGGUGAACGUUGGCCUUGUUCAGGAUUUUACCUGGAUAUUAUUGUGGGAAAUUAUUGUAAAUGCCAAAAUAAAUCUGAUGUGAAUGUGA